GCGUCUGCCACCCCCUUGCUGGCUGGCAGCGGCACAGUCUUGGGUCCAUUUUCUGUCUGUGCAAAGUCCGCAGGAAUUUCAGGCACUGGCGGCCUCCUGUUUGCUUUGCUGAGCUGUUUGCUCUGUGGGGACCAGACACCAAUAGCCACACUUACUGUGCAGGGACCCUAGAGCUUCACUGGGCCUCCUGUCACCCAGGAGAAUGAAGACAGGGGCAUGGGCCAGGAGGUCUCUGGUAGAGCUGUUUCUCCUGUGCACUGCCCUGGGCUGCCUCAGUUUACCUGACUCCAGAGGUGAAAAACCCAUUUUCCUUGAGUCAAGGGCAGCCAACAGGAGCCUGGCUAAGAGCAGACAGGUGCGAAGUGUGGACGGUGCCCCUACGCCCAUCGACUGUGAACUGUCCAGCUGGUCCUCCUGGACUGCAUGUGACCCCUGCCAGAAGAAAAGGUAUAGACAUGCGUACUUGCUCAAGCCCUCUCAGUUCCAUGGGGAACCGUGCACCUUCCCCGACAAGGAUGUGGAAGACUGUGCUGCCAGCAGACCAUGCAGAAAUCAAGUGCGAUGUGAAGGCUUCCUGUGUGCACAGACAGGGAGGUGCAUAAACCGCAGAUUUCUUUGCAAUGGGGACAAUGACUGUGGAGACCAGUCGGAUGAGGCAAACUGUAAAAGAAUUUAUAAAAAAUGCCAGAAUGAAAUGGAGCAAUACUGGGCAAUUGACCGUCUGGCCAGUGGGAUAAAUUUGUUCACCAACACUUUGGAAGGCCCUGUUCUAGAUCACAGGUACUAUGCUGGUGGAUGCUCUGCCCACUACAUCCAGAACACGAGGUUCAGGAAGCCAUACAAUGUGGAGAGCUACACCGCACAGACUCAAGGCAAAUAUGAAUUCACACUCACAGAAUAUGAGUCGUAUGCAGAUUUUGAACGCAAUGUCACAGAGAAAACAACUAGCAAAGCUAGCUUCAGCUUUGGUUUUAAAAUACCUAAAGUAUUUGAACUUGGAGUCAAUGAGGAAACUGAUCAAGGCAAGCAUUAUAUUAGCAGAAUCAAACGAUUCUCUCAUACUAAAAGCAAGUUUCUGCAUGCACGCUCUGACCUUGAUGUGGCACAUUACAAGCUGAAGCCCAGAAGCCAUAUGCUUCACCAUGAAUUCCUCCAGAGAGUCAGGCAGCUGCCCUUGGAAUACAGCUACGGGGAGUACAGAGAUCUCUUGCGGGACUUUGGCACCCACUACAUCACAGAGGCUGUGCUCGGGGGUGUUUAUGAGUACACACUUGUGAUGAACCAAGAGGCCAUAAAGCGAGCAGAUUAUUCCCUUAAUGACAUCCACAACUGUGCCAAAUAUGAUUUCCGAGUUGGUGCUGACAUCCGAGGAGUCUAUGUCAAACUGGGUGUGUCAGAAGACAAAUGUAGGAACAUCCUGAAUGAAAUAAAAGACAGGAACAAGAGGAGCACCAUGGUGGAGGACUUUGUGGCCCUUGUGCGGGGAGGGGCGAAUGAGCACAUCACCACCUUGGUCUAUAAGGAGCUGCCAACGGCUGACCUGAUGCAGGAGUGGGGAGACGCAGUGUGGUACAACCCGGCCAUCGUCAAAGUAAAGGUGGAGCCUCUUUAUGAACUGGUGACAGCCACAGAUUUUGCCUCCUCCAGCACAGUGAGACAGCACAUGAAGCAGGCCCUGGAGGAGUUCCAGAGCGAAGUCAGCUCCUGCCACUGUGCCCCCUGCCAUGGGAACGGAGUCCCUGUCCUGAAAGGAUCUCGCUGUGACUGCAUCUGCCCCCUUGGUUUCCAAGGCCCAGCCUGUGAGGUCACCAACCGAAAAAAUGUCCCCGUCGAUGGGAACUGGAAUUGCUGGUCCACCUGGUCAUCAUGCUCCGGAGGACUAAAAACAAGACAAAGACAGUGCAACAACCCAGCUCCGCACAAUGGGGGCAGCCCCUGCUCCGGCCCCACAUCAGAAAUGGCCAACUGUUAGGGGAGGGAGCAGAUGACACCAAUGAGCUGCAGAAAGUGGGGGGCCUGGGGACCCCUGGGCCUCUGCCCAUACCACCCCACUCCAGCUCCCACUGUGGCCCACUCAAGAUAGAGCGAGGACAGCGCCAUUCGGGCCUGGAAGGUAGAGAUGCUAGUUUGUAAAAUGCACGAUUACUUAAAUCAAUAGAGUUAAAAGCACUGGCAUUCCCAAAGAGGACCUUAUAAAACUCAUAUCUCCCACACUAUACUUUCAUUUCACUCUCAUUUAUUACUGGAGGAGUUCUAUGCUGCUGGUAGUCCCAUCCUCUAGCAGUGAUGACUGGCAUACAGUAGGUGCCUAACAAGGAACUGACAAACGGAUAUGAAGUUGUUCUUUCCUUGAUGAGUACAGGUUCAGGUUCAGCAAUUAUGGCAGCUCGAGUUUCUUGCAUACCACGAUGUGCCAGCCACCACUUCACAGUCUCAGUGCGUUCACAGCCAUCUCCCAAGACAGGUACUCUUCCUUAUUAGCCCUACUGAAGAGUCAGGGGAACGGAGGCUUAAAAAAGUUCAGACACUCGUCCAAGGCUACACAGAAGGUGGGCAAGCUGGGCUGCACCCCGGGGCUCUAGAAGUGUAAACUUGGAGCUUUGAUGGUCUCCUGCCUCUCAGUGCAUCAGCAUCUGGUUAAUAAAGGAUUUUUCACAAAAUAAAAAGCAGAAGAAAGCA